AUGAGUGUAUACGUCGCUAAUCACCUGGAGGGUAAACAAAAACACUGGAAUCUUGCAACUCAAAGGCGUAUUGCAACUAUUACAUCCGCAUUGAGUGGCAUCAAAAGUCUUAAAAUGCUAGGCAUGGAAGAAGCAAUUCAGACACAAAUUUCGUACUUGAGAAAUCAAGAGUUACAAACUUCGGAGGGAAUGAGGUGGAUUUCAGUGGCAUAUAAUGCAAGUGCAAAUGCACUUGGUAUCUUUGCCCCUGUGGUUACACUAAUGCUCUAUGCAGCCUCAUCGCAAAGUGAGGGGCCUAUGCAGGCUGGUGAAAUAUUCUCUUCCGUUGCUCUUCUGGCGAUGGUGACACACCCAGCGAACAUGGUUAUGACCCUAGCUCCUCGUGCCGUUGCUGUAAUGGCGAAUUUUGCUCGAGUGCAGUCUUAUCUUACCAAGUCUCUAAUCGAGGAUAUCCGUCAGUGCACAGUUGGACGGUUCACGCACCAAUUUGCCUCGGUGGAUAAUGUGACUAUCGAUUCUGCUUCAGAAAACUUGCCCAUUCUCCGGAAUAUCUCCUUGGAUAUAGAGAAAGGUGAUAUUUUUCUCUGUGUCGGUCCUGUGGGAAGCGGUAAAACAACUUUGGCAACGGCCUUUCUAGGCGAGACAACUCCAUCGUGCGGAAUCAUUCAGGUGCCAGCAAAGCAUAUUGCGUAUUGUGCGCAAGAGCUAUGGCUCCCGACUGCCACCAUUUGCGAUGCAAUAUGUGGGGAGGCUAUUGAGUUAAAUUUGGAGUGGUACAAUACGGCAAUUGAUGCAUGUGGAUUGCUUCCUGACCUCAAGAAGCUUCCUGAUGGCGACAAAACCAUGAUUGAAAAUAAUGGUAUAAAUCUAUCAGGGAGACAGAAGCAGCGCAUUGCUUUGGCUCGGGCCAUAUACUCUCAAUACGAAUUUCUAGUUCUUGAUGACCCAUUCAGUGCACUCGAUAAAGAUGUGAGAGAUCACGUCAUACGAAGUCUUCUCGGCUUAGGGGGUCUAUUCAAGCGAAUGGGUACAACCGUGUUUUUGAUAGGCAACUCAAGUGAGUCAAGUAUCCAGAUGAUUCAACGGCCUACCCCCAAGCAGCAUUUGACAAAGAAGACCCAAACCCUUCUUCAAAGACUCCCCUCUCGUCAGGAAUCCCGUCUGAUAGCUCAAAUGGACCAAGUUGGACUUAUCGAUCGCAGGAUGCUGCAAAAAGAAUGUCUCAAAGUGCUGAAAGUGCGAUCUACGAGGAUUGAAAUAGGGUUCUAUCUGAAUUCGGUUGGCCAUUUUAAUGCCCUUCUUAUGACGAUUUGUACCGCUACAUACUCCUUCACCCUGAUAUUUUCCCAUUAUGUACUCAAGUGGGCUAUUGAGGCACCUCUAGAGGACCUACGAUUCUACAUGUGCUUUUACGCUGCAAUGUCAGGUAUCGCAUGGGUAGCAACAAAUGGUACCAUGUGGUCAACUCAAAUCAAGAUUGCAUUGCGUUCAGGAGAGGUGCUCCAUGCUCAGCUGCUUGAUAGAAUUCUUCGGGCUCCUCUUGCAUAUUUCACAGAAACUCAAGUCGGCGUUACCCUGAAUAGGUUUAGCCAGGACAUAUCUCUUAUUGACAAGCAACUUCCUCCUGCAUUUGCCAACUUAAACACACAGAUCUUCAAACUUUUAGCGCAAGUAUUUCUCAUACUAAGCGUGCAGCGUCUGAUGGCGAUGACCGUUCCAUUAUGUUUUUUCUUCGUUUACUUCAUCCAGCGAGUUUACCUUCGAACGUCUAAGCAACUCCGCUUCCUUGAUCUGGAGUCCAAGUCGCAUGUUUUGACCACUAUUGUUGACACGACCAGCGGCGCAAGUACGAUCCGGGCUUUUGGCUGGCAACAAAAGUUCCAGCACAAACUUGAUGAAGCAUUGAAUAAUUCCCAAAAACCUUCGUACCUCCUUCUUUCUCUGCAAUGUUGGCUGAAGCUUGUCCUGGAUUUCUUAAUUGCAUUGAUAGCGAUCAUUCUUAUUGCACUCACGAUCGGAUAUAGAGACACUACAACUGGGGCGGAUAUUGGAUUAGCUCUCAACCUUAUCAUAGUGGCAAACACAACACUUUUGAAACUUGUUCAAUCGUGGGCAUCGCUAGAGACCUCUUUGGGAGCUGUAUCUCGAUUGAAGAACGUGCAAGAUUCUCUGUUAAUUGAGGACGAGGGCAGGGAAAUCUCGGAUCCAGGCCCACAGUGGCCAUUGUCAGGUGAAACACUGAUAGAAAACGUCUCAGUCGCAUAUCCCUCGUCUCAGGAACCUGCCCUACGAGAUAUGUCUCUUCACGUUUUUGCUGGACAAAACCUUAUUAUCAUGGGCCGAACGGGAAGUGGAAAGAGUACACUCAUGCUUUCUUUACUCAAGCUUCUCACUCCUAGGGAAGGGAGAAUCCAAAUAAACAAUGUCGAUAUUGCUGGAAUUUCCUCAACUGCCAUGCGUCGACGCGGGAUCAUAGCAGUGCCACAAGAUGGCUUCAAUAUCCCAACAGCAACCCUAAGGUUCAACCUGGAUCCUUAUCACACAAGCUCUCAAGAUGCAAUCAUUAGGGCGCUUAAAAAGACGCGACUUUGGGAGAAGCUCAGAUCUGUUUCGAUUGAUGAGUUUCAUGUGAGCUCAGAUGAGAUCUUGGAAAUAACGAGCAUGCUUGACAUGCCCAUGUCAUUGUUUUUACCAUUAUCGACUGGUCAAUUGCAGCUCUUUGCACUGUGUCGGAUGCUGCUUCGUGUAUGGUCAGAGGUAUCUACAAAGCCGAUUGUUAUCUUAGAUGAAGCGAGCUCCGCCCUGGACCCUGAGACUGAAUCAAUCCUUCAUGGGAUUUUAGUCGAUGACCUCUCCACCCACACGGUUGUGAUGAUCGCCCACAAGAUUGAUGGGAUUUUCAGUGCCAUACGACCUGGGCAUGAUAAAAUUGUGACAAUUCAGGAUGGUCAACUUUUGAAUGAAUCUUUGAUCAGGGAAGCCUGA